UAUUAUGAAAUAAAUGGAAAUGUUGCGGUUUUAGUUGUUUUUAGUUUGUCUAAGCAAAUCAGUUUUUGUAUAUAGUUUGCCUGAGGGUCCAUAUCAGUCCUCACAGAUAUCGUGAUACUGUGAGGUAAAAGCCGAAUGUAUAUUUUUUAGCACUUUUACUGUUAUCUGCCUUCUCGUUUUUCAGCUGAUGGCUUUAGUUUUGUUCUCAAGACCACAGGCUGCUGGAUACACAGCUAUUCUUCUACAUUUCCGGUUCAUUAUCUGCUGUCUCAUCAUGCAGUCUCUAAUGGUGAAACCCGCAGGGACCAUCAACUGCUCUGAACCCACUACAGAUGGUCUCAUAACAGCCCUGAAGGAAAAUAUAUUUGGCAAAACUGAAAUAAGGCCAGUUAUUAACCUGAAAACUCCCACCAACAUCAGUGUGAACUUCAUUCUGUAUGGGAUUCUAGAUGUGGAUGAAAAAGCACAGAAACUUAACACAUUCCUUUGGGUGAAUCUGGUUUGGAAUAUUGAAGGUUUGAGCUGGGAUCCUGUUAAAUGUGGAACAGACCAAAUUUCAAUACCACGAAAACAACUGUGGAGGCCUGAUAUUAUCAUCAAUGAAUUCAUUGAUGAAAAUAAAGUCCCAGACACAUAUUACCUCUACGUUGACUAUACUGGCAAGAUAAUGGAUGAUCUUCCAUUUCAUGUCAUCAGUUCUUGUAACCUGGACAUCUAUACCUUUCCAUUUGACAUUCAAAACUGCACAUUCACCUUUAAUUCAUACCAGCACACUGUGCUGGAUGUUCAGUUGUCCUUUGAUAAACCGGUGGAGCAAGCAUUCAAAGAUUCUCUUGAAGCGAUGACAACUAAAGGAGAGUGGGAGCUGGUCGACAUGCUUGCUGAAAAACCUACAAUAUCUCCCCAGGAAAUGAAUAUCUCACGGGACACACUUACUUAUUAUAUCGUCCUCAAGCGUCGAGCGACCAUGUAUGUGGUGAACCUCCUGAUUCCCAGCUGCUUCCUCAUUACUGUAGAUCUGUUCAGUUUUCUUCUUCCACCCCAAGACGUGGAUCGUUCUGCCUUCAAAAUGACCCUCAUUUUGGGUUACACUGUCUUCCUGCUGCUAAUGAAUGACCUGCUGCCUGUUACUGGAAACACCUUACCUCUCAUAAAUGCUUUUUUCUCCCUCUGUUUGCUUCUGAUGGUGGCAAGUCUUCUGGAGACAAUCUUCAUCACCAACAUUCAGUGUGGCUCUACUCACUAUGGACCUUUACCUCCAUGGGCCAAGGCUCUUUUCCUCAACUAUAUCGCCAAACUUGUUCAUUUAAGCAAGAAACCCAGUGACCAAAACUCUGACCCUAAAGAGCACAGAACCGAUACCAAACGCUGUGAUCCUGCAGUUGAAACCUCUAAGGGGGAAGCAGUCCAUAAAACACCUGCUCUUGUGGAACUGAAGAAGAUAAGCCACGAGUUACUAUCGAUCAAUCAGCAGAUUGAUAAACAUUUUAAAACUGAUGAGAGCGCAGAGGAGUGGAUGCAUUUGGGUCAAGUCAUUGACCGCUUGCUUUUCUGCCUGUAUAUUGUGUUUCUUUCAGUUAGUUUUAUCACUAUUUUAAUCUUCUGGUUGUACUGGUACAAGAACGAUUCAUCUUUAAUAAAUAAAUCAUCUCUGGUAAUGAAACCUGCAUGGACUAUUAACUGCUCUGAACCCACUACAGAUGCUCUUUAUAGUGCCUUAAAAGACAGCAUCUUGGAUAAAUCAGAUGUGAGACCAGUUUUGUACCCAAAAACUCCCACCAACAUUAGUGUGAGCUUCACUCUGUAUGGAAUUUUAGGUGUGGAUGAAAAAGCACAAAUAUUCGAUUCAUUUAUUUGGGUGUAUCUGUUUUGGAAUAUUGAAGGUUUGAGCUGGGAUCCUGUUGAAUGUGGAACAGACAGAAUCUCACUGCCAAGAAAAAAGCUGUGGAUGCCUGAUCUUGUGAUUAAUGAAUUCAUGGAUGAAAAUAGAUCUCCAGACACAUAUUACCUCUAUGUCAAACAUACUGGUGAGGUAAUGGAUGAUCUUCCCAUUCAUGUGAUCAGUUCCUGCAACAUGGACAUCUACACCUUUCCAUUUGAUAUUCAGAACUGCACAUUUACUUUUAACUCAUACAAGCUCACUGCGCGGGAUAUUCGAUUGCUCUUUGUUGAACCUGUGGAGGUAACACUUCAGAAUUCCCUAUCUGUGAUGAAAACGAAAGGAGAGUGGGAGCUAGUCGACAUGCUUGCUGAGAAACCCGAGAUACUUUCAGGAGAUCUGAAUAAUACUUUUGAUACACUUAUUUACCAUGUCGUUCUCAAGCGUCGAGCGACCAUGUAUGUGGUGAACCUGCUGAUUCCCAGCUGCUUCCUCAUUGCUUUAGAUCUGUUCAGUUUUCUUCUUCCACCCCAGAACGUGGAUCGUUCUGCCUUCAAAAUGACCCUCAUUUUGGGUUACACUGUCUUCCUGCUGCUAAUGAAUGACCUGCUGCCUGUUACUGGAAACACCUUACCUCUCAUAAACGUGUUUUUCUCUCUUUGCUUGGCACUGAUGGUGGCCAGUCUUCUUGAGACAAUCUUCAUCAUUAACAUUCAGUGUGGCUCCACUCACUAUGGACCUUUACCUCCAUGGGCCAAGGUGCUUUUCCUCAACUAUCUUGCUAAGCUUGUUUUUUUAAGCAAGAAACCCAGUGACCAAAACUGUAACCCUGAAGAGCUCAGACUAGAGACCAAACAAUGUGAUCCUGCAGUUGAAACCCCUCCAAGCGAAGCAGCAUAUAAGACAGUUCCUCUCCUGGAACUGAAGAAGAUAAGCCAUGAGUUACUAUCCAUCCGUCAGCAGAUCGAUAAACAUUUUAAAACUGAUGAGAGCGCAGAGGAGUGGAUGCAUUUGGGUCAAGUCAUUGACCGCUGGCUUUUCUCGACGAAGAUCAUCUCUUCGCUGACUCUUCUGCAAGAAAAAGUCAUGGAAGAAGCUCCAGCGCUGCUCAUUGUCGUGGAAGAAGCCGAAGCAGCAAAUGUAAGCAUCAUUGUAGGCAUCCGGCAUCUGGAGUGA